AUGAUUAAUACGGAAAGGCUUUUAGUAUUGUACGGUAGUCAAACUUUCACCGCACAGGAGAUAGCUGAAAGAAUAUGGCGAACUACAAAAGUGUUGGGCUUCAAAGGUCCAGUGCAGGCAAUGGAUGAUUAUUCAAUAUCGAAACUAAUUCAUGAAGAAUUUGCUCUUUUUGUUUGCUCUACAACUGGUCAGGGAGACGAACCAGACAAUAUGAAAAGAUUCUGGAAAUUUCUAUUACGAAAAAACUUGCCAUCGAAUUCUUUAGUGAAACUUAAGUUCGGAGUUAUCGGAUUGGGUGAUUCUUCAUAUACUAAAUUUAAUUUUGUGGCAAAAAAACUACAUAAACGACUUAUCCAACUUGGCGCUACUCCUAUACUAGAUUUAGGUCUAUGUGAUUACCAACACGACCUGGGCCAUGACGCCAUAUUAUCUCCAUGGCUGAAGGAUUUCCUCUCCAUCAUCAAGACUUACUUCCCCAAUAUUCCGACUGACACAAUCAAAUCAUCAUUUGUCCCGAGAUGGAAAGUUUCUUUGAUCAAGACAGAAAAUCAUGAAAAUGGCGCAACUUUCAACGAAGAUAUAUACUUCAGAAAUGGCCGCAAAGAUCAUUUUCUUGAUACAAGUUAUUUUGAAGUGGAAAAAAAUAUUAGGACUACGGAUGAAACACAUUUUCAAGAUGUAAGAUUAAUAACACUAAAAGUGUGUGAGGACAAAUUACUUGAUUAUAAGCCCGGCGAUGUUUUUAAUAUUCGGCCUCGUAAUAGUAAAGAAGAUGUCGAUGAUUUGUUUGAUAUAUUUGACACUCAUAAUCUGGAUAUAAAACCUUAUUACAGACUGAAAGUAGAACAAUGUCAUGAUGGUAAGUAG